AGUGAGGAAAGUUCUGUGCGAGUGCAGCAGAAAACACCUUCCCAGAUUAAGUUUUUUUUUUCCCUCCCCCGCAGGUUUGUCGUCUUCAUCCGUCCAUGCAGCGGUGAAACAGCAGAGAGCAGGACGCACAGAAUCACCAUCACUCCAAUCUGCCUUCAUGCCUGCGCGCUCUUAAUUGCCAGCUAUCGGAGUGCGCGCAAAGACGCACGGAGGUGACGCGCUUGUAGACUGAUAAAUCUCUGUGGUGCGGAGCAGAAGGUCCUUUUCAUUGCACGUGGAGCGCACAGGACCCACGAAGGAAUUACCGGCUGCCUUAUCAAUACCAGUAUCAAUAUCAAUAGCCGCCGAUGAGAUAUGAUGGCUCGAUGGAGUCCAGUGCGGGAGACGUGGCUGCUGCUGCUGGUGGCCACAUUGGUUUACGCGUCAAGAGCAGCCAAACCCAUUGAUGUCCUGAAGGUCCUGGAGCUGUCGGAGAACAUGGAGGGUGUGUCGCUGGAGGCAGGACUGUGCACCAGCAGGAAGGGACGGGAGGAGACAGACCUCUCCUUUAAAAUCAACAAGAAGAUUCAACUGAGCGUGCCCACCAGGCAGCUCUUCCCAGAUUUGCCAUUUCCUGUGGAUUUCUCAGUGAUGACAACAGUGAGGGCUGUAAAAGGCUCACAGGUGUUUCUUCUCUCCCUGUAUGACUCACAGGGCACACAGCAGCUGGGUGUAGAGAUCGGCCGCUCUCCUGUAUUCCUGUAUGAGGACCACGAGGGUCAUCCGUCCCCAGAGCUUUACCCCACCUUCAGAAAGAUCAACCUGGCUGAUGGCAAGUGGCACAGAGUAGCCUACAGCGUGGAGGGGCAGUCAGUGACCCUCUACCUGGACUGUGUGAAGGUGGACACCCUGGACCUGCUCAGAGGUCACGACCCCCAGGUCAGCAUCCAGGGUGUGACUGUGUUCGGAACACGCCUGCUGGACGAGGAUGUGUUUGAGGGAGACAUCCAGCAGCUGCUGCUUAUCGACGACCCCAGAGCCGCAGAGACGUACUGUCAAGACUACAUCCCAGACUGCGAUGCACCUUUACCUUACGACAGCGUAUUAACAGAGGCUGAAGAGGUGGAGAGAACCCCGAAGAAUCGUGUCCAAGAGUUCGAGGAGUUCGACUACAGCGACCUCUACGAAGAUCUUUCCGUUUCCACAGUGACUGCAGGUUCUAAUGUCACUGAGUAUGAGAUUGUAGAGUAUGAAGACUAUGACAACUCAACAAAUUACUACCACGUUAACGAGUAUGAAUAUGAGGAAGACUACGAUGAUCGCUACGGACCAGUGGAGAGAGAACGAGAGACCAUUCUGAACACACAGAAUUUACCAGAGAAAGGAGAGAAAGGAGAGCCAGGCGUUUUGGGACUGGGAACACAGAUAACAGGACCAUAUGGGCCUCCAGGACCUGAGGGAGAGGCAGGACCUCCUGGAAUCACAGGACCAGUGGGACCUCGAGGAGACCCUGGAGAGCUGGGUCCUCCAGGGCGGCCAGGCCUUAAUGGAGCUGAUGGGAUACCAGGUCCCCCGGGAAACAUCAUGCUCAUACCGUUCCAGUCAGGUGGUGAUCCAAGGACAGGUGCUGUGGUUUCUGCACAGGAGGCUCAAGCUCAGGCCAUCCUGCAGCAGACCAAGCUGGCUAUGAAGGGACCUCCAGGGCCACUUGGCCUCAGGGGCCGACCUGGACCGCUGGGCUCACCUGGUCCUUCGGGCCUGAAGGGGACCAACGGUGAGAUGGGGCCGCCGGGCCCUCCAGGACUUCCAGGUAUUCCAGGUCAGAACGGACGACCUGGGAAACGGGGUCGAGGGGGUGCAGAUGGAGGCCGUGGCGCAAUCGGAGAGACUGGAGCAAAGGGGGACAGGGGUUUUGACGGCUUGCCUGGUCUCCCUGGAAACAAAGGACAUAAAGGUGACAGGGGGAAGCCAGGUCCUGUAGGUCCUUCAGGAGAGCCGGGAGAAAAGGGUUCUGAGGGACCACCUGGGCCAAGAGGACAACCAGGCGACGCUGGUUCCAGAGGUCUGAACGGCCCCAGAGGUCGCCCUGGUCCUCCAGGCCAACCAGGCAUUCGAGGAAUCGAUGGGGUUCAAGGUUCAAAGGGAAACAUAGGACAACCAGGAGACACUGGAGCACCAGGACAACAAGGCAACCCUGGAAUCCUGGGUUUUCCUGGUCCUCAGGGGUUAGUCGGGCUGCCAGGAGAGAAGGGACCUCAAGGGAAGAAAGGGAUGCAAGGUUUACCUGGAAACGACGGACCCCCUGGUCACCCAGGAAGAGAAGGUACUCCGGGUGAAAAAGGACUGCCGGGUCCUCCAGGAGUGCAGGGGCCUGUUGGAUACCCUGGACAGCGAGGAGUUAAGGGAGCAGAUGGAAUCAGAGGAUUAAAGGGAAGCAAAGGCGAGAAGGGAGAAGAUGGUUUUCCAGGUGCCAAAGGGGAGAUGGGAGCAAAGGGGGACGUUGGGGACAGUGGAAUUCCAGGAGGCCGAGGCGAAGAUGGGCCUGAGGGACCCAAAGGCCAGAUGGGUCCACAGGGAGAUGCUGGUCCUUCUGGUACUCCUGGAGAGAAGGGGAAACUGGGAGUUCCAGGGCUGCCAGGCUAUCCGGGACGUCAGGGACCGAAGGGUGCUGAUGGAUUCCCUGGUGCAGUGGGAGAGGCGGGAGAGAAAGGCAAGAAAGGUCCUGCAGGACAGCCGGGCAGCGCAGGCCAGAGGGGUUCAAAUGGUGCACGAGGUGCCAGGGGGGCAAGAGGGCCAACUGGAAAAUCCGGAGAGAAGGGAGCCUCAGGACAUGAUGGGCCCCCAGGAUCUCCUGGAGAGAGGGGACCUCAAGGGCCUCAAGGAAGGAAUGGAGAGCCAGGACCAAAAGGAUCAAGUGGUCCAGGUGGGAAGGAUGGACUUCCAGGUCACCCGGGUCAGAGAGGAGAGCCGGGAUUCCAAGGUAAAACGGGACCUCCAGGACCCUCAGGUGUGGUGGGACCACAGGGGAAAUCAGGAGAGUCUGGCCCAACGGGGGAUCGAGGUCAUCCAGGAGCACCGGGUGUGCCUGGAGAGCACGGUUUACCUGGGGCUGCUGGGAAAGAGGGUGGAAAGGGUGAUCCAGGUUUACCAGGGACAUCUGGAAAGAAUGGUCCCGCAGGACUGAAAGGGUUCAGAGGAAGCAGAGGAGCACCUGGACUUAUGGGACCACCUGGUCUGAAAGGAGGAUCAGGACCAAGUGGAUCUGCAGGAGCCAUCGGGCCAGCGGGUGAGAGGGGCCCUCCAGGACCAGCCGGAGCCAUUGGACAGCCUGGUCGGGCUGGAUCGAUUGGAGGACCUGGACCAAUGGGAGAGAAGGGGGAACCUGGAGAGAAGGGUCCGAUUGGACCGGCAGGUCAGGAUGGAGAUCAGGGACCUGUUGGGAUGCCUGGAGCUACUGGCCCUGCAGGACCUCCAGGAGAUGACGGGGAUAAGGGAGAGCAGGGAGGACCCGGACAGAAAGGCAGUAAAGGAGACAAAGGGGAAGCAGGGCCCCCAGGCGCCACUGGCACUCAGGGGCCAGUUGGUCAGCCAGGACUUCCAGGUGUAGAUGGACUAUCGGGUCCCCGGGGCCAGCAGGGCAUGUACGGUCCUAAAGGAGAUGAGGGACUCCGCGGCUUCAAGGGCUCCAGAGGACCAACAGGAUUACAAGGCAUGCCUGGCCUUCCAGGAGAAAAGGGUGAGAGUGGACAUGUGGGACUAAUGGGUCCACCUGGGCAACAAGGCCCUACUGGUGCUCAAGGGCCUAUUGGAGGACAGGGCCCGAAUGGUCGACCAGGGAUGAUAGGACAGCCUGGUGUAGUUGGGGAGAAGGGAGAGGACGGCGAGGCGGGUGACCCCGGGCCAGUCGGUGUUCCAGGAAGGCUAGGAGACAAAGGAGACCAGGGGGAGAAGGGAGAUACUGGCCCUUCAGGAGCAGCUGGUCCUCCAGGAGCCAGGGGCAUCACAGGGGAGGACGGAGCCAAGGGCAACGCUGGUCCUAUAGGUUUGACUGGAGACCUCGGACAGCAGGGAGAAGCUGGACCCAAUGGUGUAGACGGCCUCCCCGGAUCUAAAGGAGACACAGGAGAGGCUGGAAAAUCAGGACCACCAGGAGCAGCAGGAGAACCUGGACCAGCUGGACCCCCUGGGCGAAGGGGCCACUUGGGGAAACCAGGGAAAGAAGGAAAAGCAGGUCUGAAAGGAGCGAAGGGUGCUGCAGGUUUGGAGGGUCCCAUUGGGAAGACAGGGCCCGUAGGGGGCCAGGGGCACCCUGGCAGGCCUGGUCCCCAGGGUCUCAGAGGGAUCCCCGGCCCUGCAGGCGAGCAGGGUUUAAAUGGACCACCAGGCCAGACUGGACCACCAGGUCCCAUGGGCCCACCAGGUUUACCAGGACUAAAGGGAGACCCUGGCAAGAAGGGAGACAAGGGUCACGGUGGUCUCAUAGGUCUGAUAGGGCCACCAGGAGACCUUGGAGAGAAGGGUGACAGAGGACUACCAGGAAACCAGGGGCUGCUGGGUCCAAAAGGAGAUGAGGGUCCAGUUGGCACAGCAGGUCCCCCCGGCCCCCCCGGCCCCACGGGUCUGUCUGGUGCUAUUGGUCUAAAGGGCUCUAAAGGAAACCAGGGUCCGAUUGGCCCCAGAGGAGACACUGGACCAGCUGGACCUCCUGGACCUCCAGGCCUACCAGCAGCUGGGAUAUCACCUCUGCCAGAGCGAGGGAGGAGAAGGAGAACCGACACCUCGGUGGAUGGUACUGCACUUGAAAAUGAGGAGGAGGAGGCGGUAAAUGGAGGAGGGGAGGGGUGGAUGCAAGGCGACCAGGCAGCACAGAACGGUUGGAUGAAGGAGAAGGAGGGCCAAGGCAUGGAGGAAGUGUUUGCAUCUCUGUCCUCUAUGAAAGUGGAGGUGGAGGGUCUGCGUAACCCACAAGGAACGUACCACAGCCCCGCCCGCACCUGCAAAGAGCUCUGGCUCCUCCACCCAGAGCUCCCCAGCGGUGAGUACUGGAUAGAUCCCAACCAGGGUUGCCACAGAGAUGCCUUCAAGGUGUUUUGUAACUUCACCGCACAGGGAGAGACAUGUCUAUACCCUGACAAGAAGUUUCAGUCGGUAAAGCUAGCAGCCUGGAAAGGGGAGAAGCCUGGCACCUGGUACAGUAAAUUCAGGAAAGGAAAACAGUUUUCCUACUCCGGGGUAGAUGGCGUUCCGGUCCACAUUGUUCAGUUGAACUUCCUGAAGCUGCUUAGCGCCACAGCCAAGCAGACCUUCACCUACCACUGCCUCAACUCCGCCGCCUGGCUGCACACCGCCACCUACAACCACCAACACGCACUGCGCUUCAGAGGCAGCAACGGGGAGGAGCUGACACACGAGAACACACAUUACAUCAGCGCACUGUACGACGGGUGUCAGACACGCUCAGGGCAGGAGAGGACGGUGUUGGAAUUUGACGCUCCGCUGUCCAACACGCUCCCCAUCAUCGAUGUGGCCGUGUCCGAUUUUGGAAACGGGAACCAGAAAUUUGGUUUCCAAGUUGGCCCAAUCUGCUACAACGGUUAAGUCAGGGGGGAGCCAACAACUGUAGUAAUUUAAUAGGAAAAAGAGCCAUGGACACUUUUUACAUGCAGGGAGAAAACUACAUUCAAGACCACAUAUUUAUAAGUCGAUUUACCUACAACAGUGUUGCUUCAUCUAAACGUUCAUUCUUUUAGUCACAUUCAUUCACUCACUUUGUAAUUCUCACUUUCAUCUCAUGCAUUCACACAGUUUGCUGUAUUGUCAUGAAAAUGCAUUCAAAUAGUGACUGUUAAUACUCUCUCAGUGACUCACUUUUUCACUUUCCUCUUCGAAGGAGUAAAUGGUGCUCUCACAGUUUCAUUCCAUGUCUGUUCAAACAAUUAUUGAUUUAUGCACUCAGCUCUCAUCUGUACAUAAUCACACACAAUACAAACAUUGUUAUCAGUGAAUCAUCUUGUAAAAACACCUUAUUUCAGCAGCAUUCACCUACCAUGUUUUCUGUGUUGUCAUCAAACCUCAAUUUGCUGUGUUGUUUUUGAUUGUUGUUGUAAUUUUGUUGUUAUAAUUAUCUGUUAUGUGAUGUGUAUUGGAGUGUAAUUCAUCACGGUGCUAUUAUGUGACUCCUUGCGGAGUACAUUUCUUUGUAAAAGGGAACUGGGGCAGUGCAUUUUUUUUUUUAUAUUGUGAAGCCAUAUUUUAUAUUUUUUCAACAUAACAAACCAAACUGUGGUACGUGAUUGCCUCAAGGUCUUUCUAUGCAUAUUUGUGUGGGGAAGUGACUGAUUAACAUAUUUUAAUAAAAGUACAUAAUGUACAUUUAAGUUAA